AUGGCACCUGCUGCCAGAACCGGGGAGACUCCGACAGACAGGGUCCUGCCGGUGUCCUCUGGCGCGGCUGGGAACUCCUCCUGUGCCUUGUCGCCGCUGGAGACGUUGGAAUCACUGUGUUUGGACUGCCUGCUUUCCUUGCUGGACUUUCGGGAUUUCUGCAACCUCUCUCUUGUUUCGUCCUCUCUCCGCGCCGCUCUGCUGACCGACCUCAGCCGGCAGGCGCGCUGCGUAUCCGGCCUAGUUCUCCACUGCCUCUGCGACACGCCCGUCUUUCCGCCUCUGGGCGAGCUGAGUUUCGAAGGAACUCUGUCUUCUGCAGGUCACGCCCCAAGUGGCCGUAAUGUCAGCGUGUCUACUGAAGCCAGGAAGGAACGCACGUGUCAGGGCACGAGCGCCAGACCAACUCCAAGUCGGCGUUGCGUGGAACGUUCGUCCGAGCUCGACAGCGACCUUGUGUCGCCGGCUGAACCAGGAUUGCCUCUCGGCGGCGGCGCCCCGCUAGUGUCGAGGAGUGCAAGUAAACAGCUGCCAUGUCGUCGGAAAGCGCCGCCAUUUCCCCUCGGUUUGAAGCCGUGGAAGGCGGCGGCCCUCGUGUCGAAGCGCCUUUUCUCCCUGCGGGUGGGGGUUGACGCAUUCGCCGCCAUGCCUCUGCCCCUGUGGGAGACGCUGCUGAGAGCCAACGCAGCGACGCUUCGAGAAGUCUCUCUGUGCAGUCCUCUGCGAUGGACUUCUCAGCGACAGCAGCAGCACCGCCAAAGGGAAGUGUUAGAAUUUCUCUGCAGUCUGCAGAGCUCAGCCCACGUACAGGGGGGCAGCGAGGCCCUCUACGCGCCGCACCCCCCGCUGUCGCCUCGAUUUUUUUCUUUUGGGGAUAGGUGCUCCGAGCGCCUGCCGCCGCCGGCUCGCAAGGCGAGCGACGAGAGAGAGGCCAGCGGUUCCUUGGACGGGGCGGCGCCUGCAGCUCGCCGCGGCGUCGCUGCGGCCUCGAGCCUCAUCCCCCUCUGCGAACUGAAGAAGCUCGCGAUUGCUGCAGGUCCGUGCAGCGGCGUGCUUGAGCUCCUGGGGCGUUGCGCGUGCCGGAAAUGCGAAGAGCUGCAGCUCGUCGUGGCGGACAUGCUUACCGCUGCGGGAUGGGGAGAGUCCGUCGACAGGGUCGUGGCUCGCGCUGGCGAGGGACGGAGACUGCGGCGAUUUCGGCUCGUGGUCGCGCCCAGGGGCUUCUUCCAGGAGCGCCGUCUCGCGAGUUGGCUGCAGCCGCCGGCGGAGCCACGCGCGCCCGCGGACGAGUCGCCCGCAGCCGCAGAACCCGAGCCAAAAAUCCACCCGACGUCGUGGCUAGCAGCUCUCGAAGAAUUCUCUGUUGACACCGACGACCCCUGGAUCCUCCCCAAAGCCGCGCAGCUCAUUGCCGCCGUCACGCGUCAUCCUGCCGAGACCGCCGGCCUCCUCGUCGGCGCCCGCCUGCUGGGCAGAGACGCGCCUAUUAACCAGCGCAGGGGCGCUGACUCACGGCCUGGACAGGAUGCACUGAGGCAUUCGAGAGAGUCCAGCGCAGGCUCCGCAGAGCCUGGCUCAUGUUCAAGAAGAGGCAAUGGGCUCGCCUGCGCCAGCGGCUGUGGUCGCUGCAUCAGUGCGCCUGAGGGUGAGGGUCUGCGGGCUGACCAGCCCGCCGCCGCGGAACGCGGAGGGGUGCGCAGCGGAGUGAGAGGUGACAGCUCCUUGGAGAGAGCGGAGGUGACCGACAGCGGCGCUUCCUACCUGCACACCCUGUGCGCGCCUUCAGAAGUCGAUCCUGCUCACCACUGUGCCACCGAUAUGGCGGUUUGUCUCCGCGCUGCUUGUCUUGGCGAGGACAAUGACCCGCAGCCAGCCUGCAGAGUGGAGCACCGCGCUUCGCGACCCUCGGCCGCGAGCGGAGAUGGAGGUGCUUCUCACUCCGAGAAACAUUCUGCUCAGGGCAGGUAUCUUACGCAACCGGGAGACGCUGCAAGCGGCGCCGAUCCUUUCUCGGUGUCCCCAACGCCACGGUUUCCUUCUCUGCGGUGUUGCAGUUUCCGUUGCGGGUCGACUCCCGCUUCGGGGGCAGGGUGCUUUUCUUGGGAGGCUGUUGAGUCGCUCUUGGCGGCCGCGCUGCCGGGCUGCUCGCUUCGGUUUUACGGCGACAUCCUGUUCUCCACGUGCCCGCACACAGAUUCUCCCGGCGCCCUGUCUCCAGUUUCCGCGUUCUGUCGGAGUUCUCAACGAAAGAAAAACUGUAGCAAAGGGGCUGGCAACAUCACGACCGGCAGUGCGCGCACUGAGCCCCUCCAGCGUGAUGCCUCGUGCGAUGCACAAGGCAUCUGUCCUGUCCUCGCCAAAGCAAGUAGAGGGCUGGAAACCCCUGGGGGAGGGCCUUGGGGGGGGUGUGCCCGUUCUUGCUGA